CAAAGGAAAAUGAAUGACCUAAAAAGUAAAAUACUAAAAAAUUCCAAGUUCUCCGCUCUGCUGCGGCGGGUUAAGUCGGCGGGGUAAGCUUUGAUUAAUCGGGUAAGAAGAUAAGAGAGGGAAAAACGGCAAAGGUGUGAAUGGAAUCGAAAGAAGAAAAGGAUAGAGUUUUGUUGAUGUAUUUAGUGGAAGAAUGUAAUUGGCCCUAUUUUCUGAGGAAGAAGAUGAUUGGUGGAAUCAGGUUUCCUGUUCAGAUCAGAUCAGAUCUCACAAAUAGAGAGAGAGAGAGAGAGAAAAAGGAAGCAAAUUCCAUCUUUUUCUCUCUAUUUGAUGUUAUCCAACACCACUCAGUGAUUGAGUUAACUUACGUGCAUUUCGACUAAUUUCACGGGAUAUCUACCAUCUCCCACCAACAUCAUGUAUCAGGCCUUAAUUAUGGUGGAGGCUAGUGGACUGCCUUUUCUUUUGGAUGGGUGGCAACCCUUAAGACCAAUAGCAUCCUUUGAAACUCGGAAAUAAUGGAUUCACUCUUUUACCCUUUUCCACUUAAAAAUCAGGCCUAGUUCGUAUACUACAAGGCUCGAGCCAGUGGCCUAAAUCACAAGUCCCUCAACCUUUGCCCCUUGAACUAAAUGUGGUUGGUUUGAGACUGUUUUUCUUUUUUCUCCCAAUUGUGUUUACAUUUCUUGUUUCUUUAGUCGUUUUAUUUUUUGAACACCGCAUAUAUAUAAUGAGACUUUUCUAGCCUAACCAAAAGGUCACAUGAACAUGCCUUAGUGUCAUAGACAGACUAUUAUGCACCACCGAAGUCAUCAAUGUACAUGAAUCCUGUGAAAGUCCAUAAUUUCACACUUUGGAGUUUCUCUAACCUUGAUUUGGCUUAGUGUAAUGGACACUAGUCAAAUUGUUGGCUUUGAUGAUGAAUUUGAUUUGUUCUCUGGUUUGGCAUAUCUUUUUGAAAACUAUGCUUAGAACAAAAGGUUUGAAAUUUGACUUUGACAACUUAAGUGAUAGAAGUGGUUGAGCCAGUCAUAACACCAACUUUGUGUGUUAUUUAUGGAAUGAGAUUAAUUUAUCCAAAACAAGUAAAAAUGAACAGAGGGAUUCAAAGUAUGGACUCAUAGUUGGGCUCACCUCGGACUCGAUUUAACUUGUUACCAUAGCAAGUUUGAUAGGCUUAACUCGACUCAACUUGAUUUGGCUCAAUACUCAAAUUUAUUUAUAGGUAAAGUUGUCUUUGUGUGACCUAUAGGUUACAGGUUCGAGUUGUGAAAGCAACCACUAAUGCUUGCAUUAGGGUAGGUUGUCUAUAUCACACCCGAUGUGGUGCGGUUCUUCCUCGGACCCUACUAAUGUGGAAUGCUUUGUGCAUCGGGGUACACUUGAUGUUGUUAUAGGGGAUCCUCCAACUAUUAUGGAAGAUUAUGUCUCAUACCUCCUUUAACUUGAUCCUAUUAAAAAAAGGAGAAGGGUGCUUACACAUAUAACUGUCAUUUUGUAGAGUAAAAUCUGUUAUGAAACUCUUCCUAACUACCCCCCAUCUAAGACUAAGUAACAAAAGAAUAGUAGAAAAAUGGGAAAAUUCCAAAAGUAUUUAAAAACCCUAGACUGUCUCUAGCUAUUUAUAUGCACCUAAGAGACCUUCCUAACCUCUGCCUCUCCUCUGCAUAGUGUGUACUUUGGCUCCUCAGGAAUUGAAUGACAUGUUUCUUUAGACCGACUUUCUUGCUAUAUUGACCUCCAUUUCCAUCCUAAAAAAGAUCCCAAAAAGAGAGAAAAGCAAAGCCAUUUGAGUAAAAGAUGAGGGGAAGAUCUUCACCAAAGCAAGGAGGAGUUAUGGAAGUAGCAAAGGUUGAUAAACUAAAACAAGAGCCUCCUCAUCUCUCCGGUGCCUAUAUUAGAAGCCUAGUCAAACAGUUAACUUCUUCAAGAACCAAAGAUCCCUUGAAUCCUAAAGACCAUGAUGAUUCACUAGAGAAUUCAACAAAACUUGAUGAUACUUUGUGUAGUGAUACACAAUUGUCAUCACCACAGCCAGCAGCACCACCACAGAUUAAAAAGAAACAAGUGAGGAGGAGACUCCACACUAGUAGGCCUUAUCAAGAGAGGCUUUUAAAUAUGGCCGAGGCUCGGCGUGAGAUUGUCACUGCCCUUAAGUUUCAUAGAGCGUCUAUGAAACAACAGCAACAAUCUCACACUGAGCCACAGUCGUUGCAGACUUGGCCUCAGGAAUCUUUAGGGGAAGAACAAGGGAAGCCAAAAUCCCGGAGAAACCCCAGGAUUUAUGCUUCCAACACUAUGGCUAAUAACUUACCAUGUUACAACAUGGAAAAUUUCUCCAAUUCAACCUUCCCUUGUCUUCCUCAAUAUCCUUAUUCUUGCCCUGUUUCAUCCCAAUUACCUUUCCAAGACAACAUGAAUUUUCCACUUCCCAACCAAACAUUAGGAUUGAAUCUCAAUUUCCAUGAUUUCAAUAAUUUAGAUGCAACCCCUUAUUGUAGCAUCAGCAAUAAAAAUUCAAUCUUUUCAUCAUCAUCAUCAUCUUCUUCAGAUGAAUUCCAUUAUGUGGGAGAAGGGGUUGGUCCUAUAGGUGAAAUGGUGAAUUCAAGGUUGCAUCCAUCAAUGGAUGACCAAGAAAUGGAAGAGAUCAGAUCAGUAGGGAAACAACAUGAGAUGGAGUGGAAUGACACACUCAAUUUGGCAACUUCAGCUUGGUGGUUCAAGUUCUUGAAAGCCAUGGAAAUUGGACCUGAUGAGAAGAACAUUGCUGAGGAUUAUGGAUGUUAUCCAUUUGAUGAAGUCAUGGAAUUCCCUCCCUGGUUUAAUCCAAAUGAAACCUGCUUGCAACAACAUGUCGAUGAUACCUAUUCUCAUCCUACCUUACCAUGUAUGGACAUUGAAGGAAUUGAAGGAAUGGAUGUGGAGUGGUUAGCUUGAAAAGAAGAAGAUUGAUGGGUUUUUUUUUAAUCAUAAUCAAAUCUUUGGCCUUUAUAUUGAAGCCCCAAAUUGCUGUUUUUUCUUUCUUUUGGGGAAGGAGGAUUUUAAAUUUCUCCAUUUCUUUGCUUUUUUAUUUUAUUUUAUUUAUUAAAAAAAUGAUCAGUAAUAAAGGCGUUUGCUAGAAAUCGCAGGGUCUAGAGAAAAAUAAUAGAUGAGGGAGAAAUUAAUUAUUAUAUGUAUGUCUCCCAGUUUUUCUUUUCUGUCAAUUAUGAGAGAUCUGAUAUUUAAUGGUUCUCGUCAUUGUAUUUUAA